AUGUUCGAUGAGUGUAUCCAAAGUAAGGAAUUGUGCCGUUUCCCGGCUCAGUUGCUCUGUGGUAUAAUUGUGCAUCCCGGUACAAUGAAUUCGAUACAUUGCUCACCAACUCGAUUUGGAUUCCUAAUCGAGGGCUACCAAGCUGGAGUCCUCGGUGGCGUACAAGAUACGAAACUAGUAUUCAAUGCUACAGGGAAUCCUACCGGAACGGAGACAAUUCCCAUGAGUGCGUCUUUGUAUACACUGGCGGCGGCAUUCAUUUCAAAUGUCGUUAUGCUUAUCGGAAUGACUCUUGGUCGUCGUAGGUACAUUAUUAUUGGUAAUGUGUUUAUUGCGGUUGGUGGGGUUGUACAAGCUGCGUCCUUCUCGGGCCCUCAGAUCAUUGUCGCUCGAGUUCUUUGCGUAAGUUGUGUGGUUACUGAAGUUGCCUUUCUGGUGUCUGAGCUAAUGAGUGAACAAGGAUUCGGUAUUGCAUUUACUACCUGCAAUGUUCCAAUGUACAUGUCUGAAAUGAGUAUCGGAGACCGAGAGCGUGGUCUUGAAGUUGCAAUCAACUGCUCAUGUUUACUAUUUGGCGUUACCCUAUCCUACUUGAUAACAUUCGGGUUCACUCGCAUGACGAACCAGAUCUCUUGGCGCAUUCCGGUAGCCUUUCAAACUACAUUUGCUAAUCUCUCGGGUGUAUCAAUUAUAUUCCUCCCUGAUGCCCCUAGAUGGUACUAUGCCCGCGAUAACAUCCCCGAAGGUGACAAAAUCCUCUCCCGAAUCUAUGGUGUUCACUGCAAGGGUGUCAUCAACCAUGGUGAUGUUCCCGAAAUCCAGGCCAUGGGACAGAACAUCAUGGAAAACUUCCACAUCGAAGAAGAAUCUAGCAAUCGCUUGACAGUCCUGACUCUCGCGUGGGACAACACUCCACUGCGUGUCGGGCGACGAGUGCGAAUUCCUUUCCUGAUUCUUGCUAUUUAG